GAAGCUUGCUCUCAUGGCGUUUGGGGAAGGCUCCUCUCCAGCUCCUGCUCGGGCACCGUCUCUCUUUGGCAACCUUACGCUUCAGCGCAGGAGGCUGGCGUGCAGAUAGCAGAACCCAGUUUGGGGGCACCAAGGCCCAUGUCUUGUUCCGAAGAGACUGCGCUGGGGAUGACGUACGUGGUGAACCAUGAUUCCGGUCACCGAAUUACGCUACUUUGCGGACACGCAGCCCGCCUACCGCAUUCUGAAACCUUGGUGGGACGUCUUCACGGACUACAUCUCCAUCGUGAUGCUGAUGAUUGCGGUGUUUGGAGGGACGCUGCAGGUCACCCAGGACAAAAUGAUCUGCCUGCCUUGCAAAUGGGUCACCAAGGACGCUUGCAACGAUUCCUCCCGAGACAGGGGGCCUGCAAACCUGGACUCGCGCUAUUAUAACGCUUCUCUCGUGCCGCCUCUGGACGCCGGGCCGACGGGGAUCAAGUACGAGCUGGACAGGCACCAGUAUAACUACGUGGACGCUGUGUGCUACGAGAACCGCCUCCACUGGUUUGCCAAAUAUUUCCCUUACCUGGUGCUGCUCCACACGCUGAUCUUCUUGGCUUGCAGCAACUUCUGGUUCAAGUUCCCGAGGACCAGCUCCAAGCUGGAGCAUUUUGUCUCCAUCCUGCUGAAAUGCUUCGACUCCCCUUGGACGACGAGGGCUCUGUCAGAGACCGUGGUGGAGGAGAGCGACCCCAAGCCCGCCUUCGGGAAGAUGAACGGCUCCAUGGACAAGAAGGCGUCCACUCACAGCGAGGACGUGGAGGCCACCGCCCCGAUGCUCCAGAGGACCAAGUCUCGGAUCGAGCAAGGCAUCGUCGACCGGACGGAGAACGGCGUCUUGGACAAGAAGGAAGGAGAGCAAGCCAAAGCCCUCUUCGAGAAGGUCAAGAAGUUCCGCACCCACGUGGAGGAAGGAGACAUCGUUUACCGCCUCUACAUGAGGCAAACCAUCAUCAAGGUGAUCAAAUUCAUCCUGAUCAUUUGCUACACCGUCUAUUAUGUCAACAACAUCACCUUCGACAUCGACUGCAAAGUGGACAUCGAGAGCUUGACCGGCUACCGCAUGUAUCGCUGCGCCCACCCUCUGGCCACCCUCUUCAAAAUCCUGGCUUCCUUCUACAUCAGCCUGGUGAUCUUCUACGGCUUGAUUUGCAUGUACACCCUCUGGUGGAUGCUGCGGCGCUCCCUCAAGAAGUACUCGUUUGAGUCCAUCCGGGAGGAGAGCAGCUACAGCGACAUCCCCGACGUCAAGAACGACUUCGCUUUCAUGCUGCACCUCAUCGACCAGUACGACCCCCUCUACUCCAAGCGGUUCGCCGUCUUCCUCUCGGAGGUGAGCGAGAACAAACUCCGGCAGCUGAACCUCAACAACGAGUGGACGCUGGAGAAGCUGCGCCAGAGGAUCACCAAAAACUCCCAGGACAAACUGGAGCUGCACCUCUUCAUGCUCAGCGGCAUCCCGGACACCGUCUUCGACCUCAUCGAGUUGGAGGUCUUGAAGCUAGAGCUUAUCCCGGACGUCACCAUCCCGCCGAGCAUCGCGCAGCUCACCAGCCUCAAGGAGCUGUGGCUGUACCACACGGCGGCCAAAAUCGAGGCCCCAGCCCUCGCCUUCUUAAGAGAAAACUUGAAGUCUUUGCACAUUAAAUUCACGGACAUCAAGGAAAUACCCCUGUGGAUUUACAGCUUGAAGACUCUCGAGGAGCUCCAUCUGACGGGCAAUCUGAGCGCCGAGAACAACCGAUACAUCGUGAUCGACGGCCUGAGGGAGCUGAAAAGGCUCAAGGUGUUGAGGCUGAAGAGCAACCUGACCAAGCUUCCGCAGGUCGUGACCGACGUCGGGGUCCACCUCCAGAAGCUCUCCAUCAACAACGAGGGCACCAAGCUGAUGGUCCUCAACAGCCUCAAGAAGAUGGUCAACUUGACGGAGCUGGAGCUCAUCCGUUGCGACCUGGAGCGCAUCCCUCACUCCAUCUUCAGCCUCCACAACCUUCAGGAGAUAGACCUCAAGGACAACAACCUCAAGACCAUCGAGGAGAUCAUCAGCUUCCAGCACCUCCACCGCCUCACUUGCCUUAAGCUGUGGUACAACCACAUCGCCUACAUCCCCGUGCAGAUCGGCAACCUCACCAACCUGGAGCGCCUCUACCUGAACCGCAACAAGAUCGAGAAGAUCCCCAACCAGCUCUUCUAUUGCCGGAAGCUCCGCUACUUGGAUCUCAGCCACAACCUCUUGAUUUCCAUACCCCCAGAGAUCGGGAUGUUGCAGAACCUGCAAAACCUGGCAGUGACGGCGAACAGGAUCGAGACCCUCCCCGCCGAGCUCUUUCAGUGCCGCAAGCUUCGGACGUUGCACCUGGGGAACAACGUCUUGCAGUCCCUCCCGUCCCGGGUGGGCGAGCUGGCGAACCUCUCUCAGAUCGAGCUGCGGGGGAACCGCUUGGAGUGCCUGCCGGUGGAGCUGGGCGACUGCCCUUUGCUGAAGCGCAGCGGGCUGGUGGUGGAAGAGGACCUCUUCAACACCCUCCCCUUGGAGGUGAAGGAGCGCCUGUGGCGGGCCGACAAGGAGCAGGCCUGAGUCUCCGCCGAGGGUGGGAAGGAGAAAGCCGAGGGCCUCCGUCCAAACCGUCCGGGGAGACCCCGGCCGUCCCCCUGCUCCUGCGUUCUCUCUCUCCCCACCCACCCCCCGGAGAACCUCCCGGGCAGAAUCCUGACCCAAGAACGGUCCAGAAGGGGUAAGAUGGGAGUCGCCGGCUCCUUCGGCCCGAUGGACACAGAGG